AUGGAAUUUCCCAAAGAAAAGAUCACUUUUUUGAAAGCAGUCGAAUUCAUGGGAGAAUUUGAAGAAGCAAUACCUGUGGUUAAUGAGAUGAAGAAAGAAAUGAUGGACUUCAUACAAUUUGUUGAGGAAAGCGAGUGUGAAAAUUAUGAGGAAAUCAUUUCGUCUUUGAACAAGAUAUCGGACGACUUAUAUACAAACUUCAGCACUACAGUUACUUCUGUAAAACCUCUCUAUUAUGAAAACAACCCAAAUAUGCAAAUUAUCCAAACAAUUGCUUUCAAUUAUGUCCACGGGAUUUUCCACCUAAAAUUGUGGCGUUUGUUGACGGUCGUUCUCUUUGCAAUUCAAGACGCACUUUUAUUGUCAACGUGUCAGUCUUCAAUACUUUCUUCAUUGUUGUCAGAUGAAAGUACAACUACACUUCUUGAGUCAUUUAAAGAGACUUUCAACACAAUUCAAACUGAUUUGGUCACUCCAGAUGAAGUCCUCUAUGCACUCAAAACACUUUCUGAUGCAAUUGACAAGACAACCCCUGUUGUAGAAAAUCGGUCUGAAAAGUGGAAAGAGUUUGUAGUCUUGAGUCAACCAAGUCAUCUUAUGUCAAUAUACCACUAUAUCAAACUUUCACAAAAUACUGAAAACGAAGCCAUCUCCAAUUUAAUUAAAAACGUAAUAGAUGAUUUACUCACGAACGGACCUGUUGUCGAGAAAAUGCAAGAAAAAGUCGUCUGUUUGAUUGAUGAUGAAUAG